AUCUGCCCCUCCGACCUGACCGUGCUGGGUUAGCCAAGCCUGCUGCAGCCAUGACGACCGCCAUCUUGGAGCGCCUGAGCACCCUGUCAGUAAGUGGGCAGCAGCUGCGCCGCCUGCCCAAGAUCCUCGAGGAUGGGCUUCCCAAGAUGCCUUGCACCGUCCUAGAGACAGACGUGCCCCAGCUGUUCCGCGAGCCUUACAUCCACACUGGGUACCGCCCCACAGGCCACGAGUGGCGCUACUACUUCUUCAGCCUCUUUCAGAAACACAACGAAGUGGUCAACGUCUGGACCCACUUGCUGGCGGCUCUGGCUGUCCUCUUGCGAUUCUGGGCCUUUGCUGAGGCCGAGACCUUCCCAUGGACCUCCCCACACUCUCUGCCCCUGCUCCUUUAUAUCCUGUCCUCAAUCACUUACCUCACAUUUAGCCUUCUGGCCCACCUGCUGCAGUCCAAGUCGGAGCUCUCCCACUACACCUUCUACUUUGUGGACUACAUUGGAGUGAGCAUUUACCAGUAUGGCAGUGCCUUGGCCCACUUCUUCUAUAGCUCCGACCAGGCCUGGUAUGAGCGGUUCUGGCUUUUCUUCUUGCCAGCGGCUGCCUUCUGUGGCUGGUUGUCUUGUGCCGGCUGUUGCUACGCCAAGUAUCGUUACCGGAGGCCUUACCCAAUUAUGAGGAAGAUCUGUCAAGUGGUACCUGCAGGGCUGGCCUUUGUCUUAGACAUCAGCCCCGUGGCACACCGCGUGGCCCUGUGCCACCUGGCUGGCUGCCAGGAGCAGGCGGCCUGGUACCACACCCUCCAGAUCGUCUUCUUCCUGGUCAGCGCCUACUUCUUCUCCUGCCCUGUGCCUGAGAAGUACUUCCCGGGCUGCUGUGACAUCGUGGGCCAUGGUCACCAGAUCUUCCAUGCCUUUCUGUCCAUCUGCACACUUUCCCAGCUGGAGGCCAUCCUCCUGGACUUCCAGGGGCGCCAGGAGAUCUUCCUGCAGCGCCACAGUCCUCUGUCCAUCUACAUGGCCUGCCUCUCCUUCUUUUUCUUGACUGCCUGCAGUGCUGCCACUGCAGCUUUCCUGAGGCACAAAGUCAAGGCCAGACUGACCAAGAAAGAUUCCUGAAGCUGGCAGGUGAGCAGUGUGUGGAGGUGGCCAGUUGUGAUUUGGGGAAAAUUUGAUGCAACGAUAGGAGUUGACGUUUUGUUUUUAAGGGUUGGCUUUUAAAUUAACAAUACUUAUCUCCAAGGACAUGCUAUGGCAGCAGCAUUGGAAAGCCAAAGGAUUCAAGAGUUUCGUUGUUGAUAACAAGAGUAUUCCGUUUCCCCUCUGGGCUAUAGCCCUACAAAAAGCUGAGAUUCAUGGGACAGUGAAUUAAGAAGAACCACCAUCUGCCUAAAAGUUUGGCAAAAUUCUGACCAUGGCCUCCAGGGGCAAGUCUAGAGCUGAAGGGAUAAUAAAAAUGGACUGGGAAGUAGGUGGCUGGUCACACCCUAUUGGAAUGGCCAUCCUACUAUGCUGGGCUUGGUAACUGAAUAAAUUGAUCUGAGGGCCCUAGUUCGUUUGGAUUUGAGAUUGUCUAGGGUAAAGAAGUCUGAAUCUUUGAAAUAAUUCAGUGAAAACCUUAGACAUAAUGAAUUACUCAGUUAAUCUGAUUUCUGGUCCCUCCUCUCUUGUCCACUGUAACACUGACCCUUUUCUCAGGAUGACCACCUGUCUAUCUGGCUGAUUUCUCUGAAGUGCUGUCCACCUCCUACUCCCAUCUGUACCUUGCAUGGUACAUAAAGGACUAAGAAGCCGUCAUACUUCCAGGAAAUGCUUGGAUCCAUGUGGACAUUCCAGAAGUUUGUUCUCAUAUAAUACUAAUGAAAAUGGUACCAGGAAGCACAGUGCCAAGACCCACCAGAAGGCCCAGCCAACAAGCUUGGAUUCUGUUUGGUGUCAUGGGACCCUUCUGUUUUUACUUGUGGACUGCAGGAUUACUUGAGCACUAUUAGGGCUGCUCGUAGUGUAAAUCGGUUCUAAGGGUCACUCUAAAACCAGUUGUCAUCGAGUUUAUUCUAACUCAUGGCAAGGGUUCCGAUUAUUUCAAGAGGAACCCAAAGUCCAGUCUUCUAAAUAGAUGAUAACCCAUAAAGGACCCACAUAGCUACCCCAAGUCAGGGUCCUCAGGUAGGCAGUCUGCCUCAGCUUAGGGUUUAUUGAUUGUUGUCUGUUGCCAUCAAGUUGAUUCCAACUCAUGGGAACCCCAUGUGUGCAGAGUAGAACUGCUCCAUAAGGUUUUUAAGGCUGUGACCUUUCAGAAGCAGA